AUGAGGUCGGCACGAGCAUGGACUAAGAUGCUUGUCGGAGGCUCUAUACUGGUUUUCGGAGGCCCAGCACUGGUGGAAUACCUGCGUCCUACUGAUGAGGAAUUGUUCAAGCGAUACAACCCCGAGAUACAGAAGCGCAAUUUAGAGAACCGAGAACGCCGACAGCAGGAGUUUGAUCAUUUCGUGACGCAGCUUAAGGAACAUGCGAAGUCGAAUAAGAACAUGUGGGAAGCUAUCAAGACAGCGGAAGCGGACCAGAAGAAGCAGCGAAAGACGGAAAUAGUACAGCCGAAGCAGGAUUCAGAAUGA